CUCGUUUCUGUUGUAUCUGCUUGUGUUCGUAUGUCUAAGUCUGGCGGAGCUUGGCGAGCAGGACAUUGGUGAGCAUUACCAUGUUGUCAAAGGCGUUUGUCACCUCGCCGAUCAGCUUGAGCACGUCAUCUCUGACAUCCCAGGCUUCGACCAGUUUGGCGCUCGUCUCAUCCAUGCCUUGCAGCAUCGACAGCUCGUUGGCCAGGCAAUUGCUGCUUGCUUCGAAACCAUGGCGGCCACUUGUGAUGUGGAAAGUGCCCGCACGGACGCUGUGAGACAUGCAUCAAUGGAUAUAGAUAUCAAUGGUUCGCCUUUUGCUGUCCGUACGGCAAAUACAGCUGCAGAGUUCCGUGCUCUCGAACUUUGUAGUCAGCUAUUUUGUGGUUGUUGUCCAUUGUGAUGGAUUGGUGGGUGAGGGUCUGCUUUUUGGCGGGGAUGCCCUCCUUGUACUGCAGCUUCACUUCAACAGCCCACACCGCGUCGUCUCGCCCAACGUUGAGGCACACUGUGCCGUCUGACAGACAAGAGACGACAAACAGACAGACAGACAGACAGAGAGACAGACACGCACAUAAUAAACAAUCAGACAAAGAGAUUGAGCAGUGCGGGUCUUCUGUUGUUGGGAUUUUGGCAUGUGUUUUACGAGUCAUACCGCUCUACCUACUGUUUUGGCACACUUGAGCGUUGACUGACUUUGCUGCCUGU